GCAGCCAAUCACUAUCCCACAAUGCACUUGUUCUUACUCACCGGAAGACCAACGCAGGGGAUUCCCUAUACUUUUGCUGGCGCACGUCUUUCACGUCCGUUUACCGUGGUAAAUUUGAUUAACGGUAACUAUAUGGUUUGGAAGACAUUGCCAGCCUGGUCAUAACUGGAGUCUGUCAUUAUGGCUGACAGCAGCGAUGGUGGAGGGGGUCGUGGUGGCACAGCAGUUCUUACUAAUCACUUAACUCUGGCAGACAACUUUCUGGGUGUUGAUAAUACUUCUGAAAAAGAAUCAGCUGGUGGCUCAAGAGGCAGUGGUAUUUUCAGGGAUAUUCUCCAGGUAGAACCAGCUGAUCAAGAUUUGAAAGAUGAAGAUUCAUCAUUUAUGGAGGCUUUAGCAGAGUGUGAGAAGAAAGCAGAAGAUAACAUAGAUGAUGAUGCUGAGUAUAUGAGUGGAGAUGAAGAGGAAGAGGAGGAGGAAGAUGAAGAAGGUGAAGGUGAAGAGGAGGAAGAUGAUGGUGAAGAAGAAAAUGAAGAUGAUGAUGAACAAGAUGGUGAUAGCUCCUCUGCAGAGGCAUCAGAUAACAAUGACUUCAAUGUUGAGAAAGCAAGUGUAAUGGAUACAGAAGACCCUAUUGACUUUGGUACUUGUGAGAUGCCUGAUUUUUCUGUGAUGAUGGAAGCUGAUGGAUCUUCCUUGCUAGAAGGGGCUGUGACCUCUGAAAUGGGAAUUAAGGGUAUGCAAGAGGCUGAUUUUGCUGCCGUUGAUGAUAGUGUAGAAGGAAACGAGGCACUAAGAGCUGCAGGCAAAACUGUGAUGGGGAAAAGCAGGGAAGAUGCAGAGAAGAAAAAGAAAAAACGAAAGCGAAAGCCUGUGGACAAAGAUAAAAAAGGUGCAAAGAAGCCCAAGAAAGAGAGAAAGUCAAAGAAAAAGGGAGGCAAAAGCAAGAAAGAAAAAUCAAAUGUGGAUUCAAGUCAUCUUAAAGCAUCAGAGAGAAGACGUAACAUAAGGAAAAUUUUGAAUGAAAAAGACUUGGACCAUGAAACCUUGGCUGCCCAGAAAGAAGAGCUGGACCGACAACAGCGAUUGAUGGAGUUAAAAAAAUCUGCUAUGACAAGCAUGGCAAAGCCAUCAGUGACACUCAAGCCAACAAUGGUGUCCUGUGGAACUGGCACUAGUGUUGGAGUUGGUAUUGCAAGUGGGGAAUCUCAACAAGAUUCUCAGCUCAAAUCUUUGCUUCAAUCUGCUGAAGAAGAAGCAGAAAAACUGGAGAAGAAAGACAUUUCUGUGCUGGCAGAUCAGAAGAAAGAACUUCCAAUAAAGCAAGAAAAGGUGGAUGUUAUUGAGCUGAGCAGCGAGUCUGAAGAUGAAGAAGACGAUGAUGACUGUGUGAUGAUGCCCAGUACCACUGAAGAAGAGGAAGAUGAACCAGAGGCAGAGGAUGUCAAUAAUGGUGGUUCUCACAUCAAUGAUGAUUUCAAUUGUGCUGAUGAAAAGGGUCGGGUGUUGGUCAAUGUCGGCCAUCCGGCAGAAGAUCCUGACAUAUACCUGACACCACAGGUGGCAAGAGCAAUCAAACCCCAUCAGAUUGGAGGUGUACGCUUUCUGUAUGACAACGUUGUGGAGUCUAUAGAGCGUUUCAAGACUAGUCAAGGUUUUGGUUGUAUUCUUGCUCAUAGUAUGGGAUUAGGCAAGACUAUACAGGUUAUUGCUUUCACGGAUAUCUUCCUAAAGCACACUGGCGCGAAAACAGUGCUGUGCAUCGUGCCCAUCAACACACUGCAAAACUGGAUGGCAGAAUUUAACAUGUGGGCCCCCUCAAAGGAGAAGUUGAAACCACCUUCUCCACCUCCACCACCCAAAAACUCAAGUCAGAGAGAAUCACGAGAAAAAAACCAGAGAGACAAGUCUAGUAGUCAGAAAGACUCCAAGAACUCUGUGAUGGGCGCUCCUGCAGGUCCUUAUGGUUCAUCCUUGAUGCCUCCAUCCAUGAAUCAUAUGGGCAAUUCAGGGAUGAGUCAUAUGGGUGGUCCAGGAAUGGGACAGAUGGUUGGGCCUGGCAUGGGGUGGAUGGGGAACCAUGGAAUGGGGCUGCCUGGAAACUCAGGGAUGGGACCACGUGGAGGUCCUGCAAUGGGACACAUGGGCGGGGUAGGAAACAGUCAGAUGAGUGGGCCUGGAUUGGGUCAGAUGGGUGGGUCAGGAAUGGGGCAAAUAGGUGGGCCAGGAAUUGGCCAGAUGGGUAAUCAAGGCAUGGGACAGGUAUGUGGGCCAGGGAUGGGGUCGAUGAAUAAUUCAGGGAUGGGGCAGAUGGGAAACCCAGGAGUGGGACAAAUGAGUGGGCCAGGCAUGGGGCAUAUUGGAGGGCCAGGCAUGGGGCACAUGGGAGGCCCCAACAUGGCAAGCAUGGGUAGCCAAGGAAUGGGAGGCAUAGGCAAAACGGACAUGGGGCAGAUGGGAGGAUCUGGCAUGGGGAUGAUAGGGACACAGGGAAUAGGACAGAUGGGGAGUUCCAGCAUGUCCUACAUGGGACAGAUGGGUAUGCACAGCAUGGGUCAUAUGGGCAACCCUUCCAUGGGGUCUAUGGCAGCACCUUGGAUGAACUCUGGCAUGGGGGGAAUGACAAACUCCCAACAUGGGUUCAUGGGCAAUAUGGGGCCACCACCACCACCACCUCCUAUGGGCAUGUCUUCCAUGAUGCCACCUGGGCAGUCCUCGUCAACUUCUGGCAACCCACCAGUGGGCAACAGUAGCCCACCUGCCAUGCCCCCACCUGGCAGUCAGCCAAACACCUUGAUGGGUUCUAUGGGAUUUUCUUCAGCAAACUCACCCAUGGGAAUGCCACCAGCAGGACCUGUAAAUAAUGCUGUUGAGAUGGGCAAGAUGACUGGAGAUAGUGGCGAUGUCAAAGAGAAAGGAUAUUCUGAGAAUGGAUGCAAACAGCUUGGUGAAUGUGGUGAAAAUAAGUGGAUUAAAGAAGAAAAAAUGGAUAAUGAGCUAGAGAAGCAGAUUAAAGAAAAUGGAGAGAAUUUGUCAAAAUCAUAUGUGGACAACAUCAAGAAGGAAAAGCCAGACGAGCCAGAAAUCGUACCACGUGAAUACCAUGUAUAUCUGCUAAACGACAGCUGCAAGACAACCAGCCAACGUGCCAAAAUAUUAGGAGAAUGGACAACAAAUGGUGGAGUGUUGCUUAUGGGAUAUGAGAUGUUCCGCUUGCUGUCAUCCCGUCGAUACUUUACUCAAAAACCAAAGAAGAAGAAGAAAAAGAAUAGCAGCACCAGUACCACUGAAGACCCUGAAGUCAUAGAUGUUGAUGAAGAAGAUAAGAACAAAAAUCUGAUGACAGAUAUCCACAGUGCACUGGUAAAUCCCGGACCAGAUCUUAUAAUCUGUGAUGAAGGGCAUCGCAUCAAGAAUAACCAUGCUGGUAUUUCCCAGUCUCUGAAACAGGUCAAAACAAAACGGAGAGUUGUGCUGACGGGCUACCCCCUGCAGAAUAAUCUCAUGGAGUACUGGUGCAUGGUGGACUUUGUGCGUCCCAGCUUCUUGGGUACAAAGACAGAGUUCAGCAACAUGUUUGAGCGACCCAUCAUGAAUGGUCAGUGCCAUGACUCUACUUCAGAAGAUCUCAAGAUCAUGCGUCAUCGUGCAUACGUACUUCACAACUUACUUGAGGGAUUUGUUCAGAGACGAGGGCACACGGUGCUGAAGAAAGCUCUUCCCCAGAAAACCGAGUAUGUGUUUAUGAUUCGCAUGAGUCCUAUACAGCGCAAACUUUAUAGGCGCUUCAUGGAAUCACUAGAGACAACUGGCAUGGCCUUGGCAAAUAGUAAUCCUCUCCGAGCCUUUUCCAUUGGCUGCAAGAUUUGGAACCAUCCAGACAUUCUCCAUAAAUCUGUCAUGUUGAAGAAACCAGUGACAGAAGAAAAUGAUUUGGACAUUGAAGCAAGUGAAGUCACAGGAUCUAAAAAGAAGUUGAAAAAGUCAGACUCAUCCUCAUCGCUGGCAUCGACAGCCUCCGUGUCAUCCAUAGCAUCUUCAGCAUCUGUUGCCACAGCAGCAUCUACUUCGACGGUAGCCAGCAUGGCCACUAAUGCUAGCACUGUUGAUACAGGCAUUGGAACAGGUUCAGAUGAAACAAUGCCAAGCACUGCUAGCUCUGACAAAAAGGAGGAAGAUAAUGCAUGGGUAGGGGAUGCUUUUGAAGAAUAUGAGGCAGGCCUGAUGGAGCAUGGGCCUAAAAUGGUGAUCUUAAAUACUAUAGUAGAAGAGUGUCUCAAAGUGGGAGACAAGAUCUUGGUCUUCAGCCAAAGUCUAUCCACGCUUGAUACAAUAGAAGAGUUCUUAUCAAAACAAAAAGUGCCGCGGCCAGACUUAGAUGAAAACUGGGCUAAGGGCAGAUCAUAUUUACGUCUUGAUGGCAGCACCUCUGGGACUGAAAGAGAACGACUUAUUAAUGAGUUCAACCAUCCUGACAACAAAACUGCCUGGGUUUUUCUUCUGUCUACUCGAGCUGGGUGCCUUGGUAUAAACCUGAUAGGUGCUAAUCGUGUCAUUGUGCUUGAUGCAUCCUGGAACCCUUGCCAUGAUUGUCAGGCUGUGUGCCGUGUGUACCGCUUUGGACAGACAAAGCCAUGUUUCAUUUAUCGACUUGUUACAGAGAAUACGCUAGAGCGCAAUAUUUAUGAUCGUCAGAUCACCAAACAGGGGAUGUCAGAUCGUGUUAUUGAUGAUAUGAACCCAGACAAUCACUUUUCUAAGGGUCAACUGGAGAACUUACUUAAAAGUGAGGACAAAGAUCAUCCAUACUUGGAUUUCAGCUGUUCCGAUGAUGUGUAUGAUGAUGCUGUGCUUGUUAGUGUUUUGAAAAAACAAGGUCAAUGGCUGACUAAGGAACCAUUCUCACAUGAGUCUUUGCUGAUCGAUCGCAAAGAGCUGCGGCUUAGCAAGAGAGAGAAGCAACUAGCUAAGGAAGGCUAUGCAAGAGACAAGCGAAUGAACAUCUCAUACAGCCGCCCUUCCUAUGCUGCGUAUUAUCCUGGGGGUGGUAGCCAGAUGUAUAUUCGCCGAGGACCUGUGUCUCGUCCAAUUGCCAGUGUCCGGCCCAUGAUGUCUACACCAGUCCCAAGGCCAACCAUUCAGGUGGUCAAACCAGGGGUGACUGUUCACCAGGUCAUCACGACUACAGACAUUCUUCUGCCUGGAACUACCACCACAACAUCUUCAGGAACCCCACAACCCAACAAAAUUGCAUCAGGACAAAAAAUUUUGGUCAUCAAGACACCAAAAGGGGUUUACAUUCGCACAAAUGACGGCAAGAUGUUUGCCGUGCGCUCCAAGGCUGGUAAUGGGGAUGGCGAUGGGACCACAGGAACUGCAUCAACAUCAACUGUCAGUUCAGGUGUAAACACCACCACCACUGUGACGGCGGCCACUACAGGGGCAAAGACGCUUGUCACUACUGUGAGUGCACCUCCUCGCAUAUUUUACAAGAUGCCAGAUGGCAAACUGACAGAGAAAAGCCCUCAUGAUGUUGGAAGUGGGGCUGGGGCUAAAGCAGGAGCCAGCCUUCUGGCCAGCUUAUACACACAGACAAAGGCAGUCAAUUCCAUAAUUCAGCAGCAAGCUUUGAAGAAAGGACAGAUCACUCAGGUAGUUCCUGCUGCCCCACACAAUAAAAUCUUUGCACGCAAAGCAAGCAUUCUGUCAUCAGGGCCGGGUGCCAACAGCAAAGCACCAAAACCACCAGUAGAGGUCAUCGUUUAUCCUCGUGCGAAAGUCAUCUCCACAGGCAGGGCAUGCAAAGCUGGUGACAGUAAAGAUGAUGCUGCAAAGAUACCAUCAUCAGGGAAAGAUGAUUCCGAGAAAGAUGUGGAAGAGGGAAUAAAAAGACCAGACAGGUCAGAGUCGUCAUCACCAAAAAGCUCAGACAAAGAAUCAUCUUCAGAGGCUUCUAGCAGCUCGUUGCUGGACACCUCACUUCCGAAUGGUGUUGCUACAAAGAAAGCAAGCACUACUGUUGGUGUUGAGGCAUGUGUCUCCACUAGCACAGGAACAAGUCAGUCAAGCAGGGUCACUGUGGGCACAUCCGGCAUCAUGAACACCCUGGCAAGUUGCAUCGAGAGUACCAAGCCAACAGGCAACAUCUACAUUGUUCACAAGCCAGAGACGAAGCCUGGCAAUCAGAAGACCGCAGCUGUUGCAGCAGUGGGAACAGAUCCUGACUCACCACGUCCUAUUCAAAGCAAGAGCAAGCGAAAACGAGUACCACAGCCACCAGCAUCUGCACUGCAGUCAAACCAGACAAAACAGAGCCAAGCAUCACAGAGCCAUACCCUGCCAGCCAGCCAGCAGCCUCAGACCCCAAAACCAUUUGGCCAGCAAGAUCAACAGUUUGGCAGCCAACAGCAGAGUUCACUGCAACAGCAGCAGCAGCAGCAGCAACAACAACAAACAAAUUCAGCACCGCAGUUGCAGCCACCGCUGCAGCAGCAACAACAGACAAGCUCAUUGCCGCAACAGCAGCAACAACAACCAUCACUGGCUUCCUCACAGCAAGUAGUCCCACCACCGCAAGCGCAAGCUCCUGGUUUUCCACAAACGCAUCAAGCACAGCAGCAGCAGCCACAGUCACACCAUCAGCAACAUUACCCACAGGCCAUGCCAGACUUCAUGUCAGAGCAACAGCCCUUGUUGCCCUCUCAGACUUCAUCUCACUUCCACCAGCCCUGGGGCCAGAGUUCCCUGCCCUUGUCAUACCCAGACUUCAACCAGCCACAUCACCAGCUGCCUCCUCAACACCAGCAGCAUCAGCAGCUGCUGCAUGGACAGCAGCAGCAACAGUCGUCAGCUGCUCAUCAUCUGCCAGCUGCAAGCCAGCAACCAGGUAAUGCGGCGUCCAGCAGCAUGGGGAAAGUGCCGCCGUCAUCCUACAGCAGCCAUUCGGUGAACCAGGGGCAGGAACAGGAAUCCAGUAAUCAGCCAGCCAUGUCGUCAGCAUUCCGACCUCCCACUGGUGACCUGCCUACCAGUAAAUCAUCAGAGGGACUUAAUCCAAAGAAGUCUCCAACACCUCCACAGUCUCAGCAACAGCAUCACCCAAUGCAGCAGCAGCAUGACCAGCAACAGCCACAGCAACAGCAGCCACCUUCGCAGCCACCACCAUCACAGCAACAGACUGUUGCACAUCCACAGGCACAGCAUCAGGAUGGUCGCUACGACAACUGGUGGCCUGAGAUUGGUGGAGGAAGCUCGUCAGGGUCUCACCACAGCCAGGGAAUGGGGGGGAUGUCUGGCCCUCCCUCAUCCUCCUCUUCCUCCUCAUCUUCAUAUCAGUCUCCUCACUCAGCCUUCACCCCCAUGGGCCAUUCAUACUUCCAUCAUGGAUUCACUCCUUUUGGGAUGCAUCCAUCUCCUCAAAGCAACUUCUCCAUGAUGAGCCAGGGGCUGGGUAUGCCUGCGUCCUAUUCAUUUAUACCCAGCUUCCACCCAGGGUUCAUGGGCCAUCCAUUCAGUCAGGGACUGGGCACUGGAAGCGGAAACAGCUUCAGCAGUAGUGGAAGCAGCGCUGGAGGUUUCGGAUUCGGGCAGGGACAGGAGACCAUGGGCAGUUUCCGCGCCCUGCUGGAAGACAGCCCUGAACGCACCUUGACAGAUCAGCAAAGUGCUAGCAGCAGCAUCUCCAAUUCUAUUGGUGGGGGUGGCCUGAGUGCUGGCUCACCUGAUGGCAAUGCUAUGAGCAUGCCUGGAGUGACCAGUGCGAGUGGCAGCUCAGGAAUGGGCAGUGGUGGGGGAUUUGGCAACAGCAGCAGCAGCAUGAGUGGCCUGCCUCAUGCAUCCAUGCAGUCCUCGUCCAAUGCUAUGUAUGGCUACUCUCCAAUGUCACUGGGCUAUGCAGGGCUGUCCCCCAUGCUUGGCAUGUCCAAUCCCAUGUUCAUGCCAGUGAUGCCGUCUUCAAUGAUGGGUCAGCACUAUCCCAUGCAGCAUGGCCCAGGGGCACCUGGUGGGCCACUCUCAGCCAUGGGGCACAUGGCAGCCAUGGGAGCUCACCUGUCAGGACCAGGAGCUGGCAUGCCCCCCUCUAGUGGAAACUGACCAGGAGAGUACAGUGAUAGGUUGCAUUCACUUUGAUAUCAUGCAGGAGGCAUAGAGGAAAAGCUGAAAGUCAUGGUAAAAUAUGAAUUGUUGUAUCGGUGUGGCAUUUCAUCAAGGGUUCUCCUUUUUCCCUGUUGUGGUCUGAUCAUCUCUGGAUGAACAGACUUCAUAUGACUAAAACUCAGGCCAUGAACAAUGAGAGACCAUUGAUGUUGAUCAUUUUACAAUGUUUUCAUGAUUCACGUAGAUUCCUUGUGUUUAGUCCAUUGGUACGGGCAUCAUUUUUCUUCUGGUACCAUUCCAGUGUUAGCAUGCUGCUUCAUCCUUUGAUUGGUGUCCUGUGCUUGGUCAGUCCUGGAACAUGCUUUCCACUUUUAGUCAUGCAUGCUGGAGACAGGCUGACCUGUUCGAGAAAUGUGGUGCAUGAGGUCCCUUGCAGCAUCAGUGUCAGCGCUGCCUUGUGCCACCUUCAACUGAAUGCUGAACUUUGAGGCAUUAAAUGAUUUGUGCCAGUCGUCACUGACAUCCACUUGCUGCUGUUUGUUUACUUAGCUUUGUGCCACCUGCCUCGUCACAGAAUCACCAAGAAGAAGUACAAUGCACAGGUUGAACAAUCCACCCUAGUCUUUGCACAAUUUUUGUGCAUGUAUACACAGAAGAAGAUAAUCACUUUGUGGCUUGUGGUCUUAAUAUUUUAACUCCCUCCCUAUGUUAAGUUUUCUUUGGUCUUUGUUAUGUUUAAACUGAUUAUUUAAUGUUGUAGUUUUCCUAUUUUUUUGCUUUUUUAAAAAUUAAGUGCUUGAAGAAUUUUUUUUUUCUGUGAAAUGAAAAAUGUAUGCAUUGCUAGAGAGUUUUGUUUGCUGUAGAAGCAAGAUGAUCAGGUUGAGCACUGCAAGGGCAGGCUGUACUGGGUGUGUCUUAGCAGGUUCUCUUUCACAUUUGUAAUAUUAUACAUUGUACGGCUGUUGUUGAAGAUUGGGCUUAAGAAGUAAGAGUCCCAGAAACUGAGAUAAACUGGUUGCUCUUAGAGGGCAAAGGUAUGAAACUGUAUGUAGCAGCAUAUGAACUUGUGGGUUCGUGGUUAAACUGUUGCUUGCUAAAUGCUCAAAAUAGCAGAGCAGGGAGAUGGUGGUGGUGAGGGUGCUAGUUGAGUGCAUGCAUAUGUGCAGUAUUUAGGUGAGGCCUAAAUUACCAGGUAUCUCACUCUCAUCCACUUGGUUAUUUAUCCAUUUCCCAUGUAUCUUUUCUCAUUCAUUUGUUUUUCUCUGGAAUCUGAAAGUACAGAGUAAUGAACUUUACCUUGCUGCUCCUCCUCUUUCCCUCUCUAGCAAGCACAUAGUCUAAAUGUAAAACACAAUGCCAGUGAAAAUAUAAUGAAAAGUUCAAAUAGUCAUUUCACACUUCAUUGAUCCUUUUCUUUUUUUCUGGAGAAAGAAACAUCCAGUUCUAGAAAAGAUCAUAAUUCUGAUGAUAACUAUUAGUUCUUUUGUCUUUUUUAUCAUGGAUUGCUAUUCAGGUCGAAAUUGUUUUCUAUUUCUGUGUUUAUAGUUGAUGUUAUGGAUGUCUUUGCUUUUGCAGUGUUUUGUCAUUGUAGGUUCCCCUCCAACCCUUUUAUACCUUUUAGUAUCUUGCAUCAGGACAGAAGAAUCCUCAUUUGUUGUUUUUAUUGAUGUUUGUCUUGUAACCAUGUUUCCAGGUGGGUAUGGUCUAUGUUCAUGCAGAAAUCUUCUGUAAAACUUUUUUCAAAAAAAAAGAUGUUUUUAAAGAGCAAUAAGUUGGUUUAAAAAUUCACUUUCCAUUUUGGAUAACGCGUGUACAGAUUUAUGUACACUUUUCCUCUUUGCAUUAAAAGUAAACCGGAACAGGUUUAAAACUAUAACUAUUUCACUUUUUUUUUUUUUUUUUUUUUUCCUUUUGAUUGCAUUUUCUACAACAGUUUACCAGAAAGCAAACUGGUGGUUUUGUCAUCUAUUUUGUAAAGAUGAAGAAGAAUCAUGCGAAAAGGUGAUGUUAAGAACUCUUGCUUGCCCCUACUAACAAACCUAAAUGCUCAUGAAAGGCAGUAGUGGUGGUUUUACCACCAUUACAAGCAGGCGACGACUUACACUCAUGUCCCCAUUUCCUUUUGUCUCUCUCUUCCUAGAGAAGUUUUGAAAAACAAAGGUUGUGUCAGGACAUCUUAUCUUCUUUGUGUUAAGUCUUGAUGGCACUUGUAGGCCAAUCUCGCAAGCUUAAUCAUGUUUUACAGUUCCUGCCUUGUCUAUCUUUUCGUCUAACACUGUGUACUCCCCUCAAUGUCACUGGACUUUGCAGACUGUUGCCCAUGCUUGGCAUGUUUACUCACCCCCUUUUUUUUUUUAGGGUAAUGAUGCUUAAAAUCUUUAAACCAUAGUCGUGCAAAGAGGCUCCUAGAUAGGAACUAAUGGUGUCCUUUGUUACUUAUUGAAGGUAGUCAAGCGUUGAAGCUGAAUGUGCUUGCUGCAAUUUGAUGUCAUGUGGGGAUGAGCCAUACUUUUUAUGUUCACCUUUAUGUAUUGAUCUUCACACUGGCAUCAUAAAAAAAUGUUCACAAAGGUGUGUCUGCAUGCAAUGUGCACUCCCUCAGGAAUCUCUCAUCUAGAACUUUUCAAGUCCAGUUACCUUCAGUGUACUUUGGGGUUCAGAUUAUUGCUGUAUUAUUCUCUGCACCCCUUCCCCUUUUUUUAAAAGAAUUAUUCUUUCCUUUUUAUUGUAAAAAAAAGUGUUUAAACCUAACAAAAUGUGAAAUACUCUUUCUCUUUUACUUUCUCUUGUUCUUGCCCAAAUCAUUUGUACAUUGGUAACUGUGGAAAACUAGCAGAGUUUCAUUAUCUGUUUCAAAAUCUGUGAUGUAAAUAUAUGUCAUGGUUUAAAUAUGAUUUUUAAUUCUACAGAGGUGUGUGUUUUCAGUGAACUACAUAAAUUUACCCUUCACAGUGCUUCACUUUUAUUCAUACACAUGCUGCAGAUAAAAGUUAUAACAAUUAGUAGGUUGUGUGCUUGUAAAUAGCGUGAGUUUUUGUUUUGCUUUGCAUGACAUAAAUGCAUCUAUACCCUUGCAUUUAAGUGUACUGCAUGUUUAAAAAAAAUAAGUAAAUGCAAUAAAAAGUUAAGCAGCAAACCUUAUUUCCUGCAGUUGUCAAAAUGGAUUUUCAAUUCUUUUGUUUACAACUUCAAAAUGAAAGUAAGAAUAAAAAUUUGCAUCAGCAUUUUGUGUUAAAAGAAGUUGCUAUAUCUCUUUAAUGGUUAUGCAGGACAGCUGUUUCAUUGUUUGUACUUUGGCAAGGGAGUUUUAUGUGUGAUAACAUCAGAAGUGUGUAUCUGCUUAUUGUCCCAGCCAGGUAUAUUUUGUUGGCUGUUAUUUCUGAACAAGAACUAGUUAUUAUCUGCUUCUAGUUUUGUGCAUGUUCUAUAGCACUAGACAUCUUUAGCCAUUCCCUUCUAGCUGCUACCAGACAGUUCUUUUUCACACAUUUCAAACAUUUUGUGAAGAAUAUGAUGAUGCUAGUGUCGAUGAUGUUGAUGGUGUUUUGUUUACUUCAAAUUCAGUAUGUAGUCUUUAGUCUUCUCAUAGCUGCAUUGCAUAUAAUGAAUAACUAUACCAUUGCUAGCAUCUCAGAAAAAACAGUUGGUCAGAAAUACAUGAUUUUUCAUGUUAAGUGUUUUUUAAGACUUCUUGAAAAUCAAAAAUGAAAACCUUAAUAAUUUUGUUCUUUAUAAGGAAUAGAAAAAUGCAAUGAGUUUUAUUAUUGUAAAUCAGGGAUUAUUUAAAAAGAGAGAAUGAAUGUGAGAGAGAACUUUCACCUUAGGCAGAUUGGGUAUGUUGUGUAUUCAGUUUUAAGCUAAAAUGUUGUUUCAGUAGAUGUGAAAUUUUAAACCAUUUAAUGCUAAAUGCUAUUAUAUGGAGUAAAUGUAAUUACAGAUGUAAUUGCCAUUUGCCAAUGUUAAGUUUCACAAACUCAAAAAUUUCCAAUUGAAAAAAGCCACUGGACAAUCUUUAGAAAUUAUUUUCUAUUUUAUAUAUAAUGAAAGCAUUUUCCCCUAUUAAUAAAGGCAGAAAAAAUACCCCUCCCCAAAUAUAAAUUAAGCUACUGGUUAAGAUUAAAAAGAGUUUUGUAUCACCUAAUACUGUUGAAAUUUUAAGCUCCUAUAUAAUACAUGUAAAAUGAUCACUCACAAUGGAAUGCCACACACUAUGGGAGCCCACUUAAACUAGUCAUGUGCAUAGCUUGUGGUAAACUGGAUAGCGUGUAUUCACUAAAUAAACUUGACAUAGGGCAGCAAUAAAUUAAGGAUGUUAUUUUCAGCCCCACCACACAAAAAGAAAAAAAAAAAAUGCAAACGCUGUAUAAUAUUUCCCCCAUACACCAAUUUCCAAGAUCUGCUCUGCAGUAAUCUCUCUAGGAUCAACUGCUCAAUAACGACUAUGAUUGGGCCACUCAUCUAUCUAACAGCACAGUAGCUGCCACUAUAAUGUUGUCCUGUAAUCUAGGUUGUGGUUAUGCCUGAUCUUUAGAUGUUUAUUUGGUAUUUCAACUUGUCUGGAUGCUACUUUCACUGUACAUCGAACAGAUAAAAUCCAGGUAGUCCAUAGUUUUCCUCAGAUGCAAGGCCUAUCCUGCAUUUGUAAAGUAUUUUCUGUUAGAAUGUGCGACAGAUGUGUGUGCGCAUGCCAGCAGGUUUGUGUUUGAAUGUAUAUUUGAAUGUUAGAGCAUGUAAGUCAUUAGUGUGAUUGAUAGAAAUUACAUGUAAAGUGUAUCAUACUGUUUAUUAUUCCUUUUACAAGUACUUUUUCAUUUAUAAAGCACAAGAUCCUCCUACUAGCAAAGAUGCAUGUCGAUGUUGUCACAUUGUAUGGUUCAACCAAAUUAUUUCCAGCUAUUACUUUUGUCUGUAAACAAUACCACACAAGCGUGUUUGUCUCUCCCACCCCCCAUCCCCUCUUUCUACUUUUAGUCAUCUAUUAAGUAAAAUUAUCAAACAUGGAGUAAAACAAUCAUCACUUUUUCAAAAAAAACAACCUUGUACAUGUAUUUGCUUUUGUCUUCCUUAUCCUGUGCACUGGCCAUCAUUAUCAUGUUGUUACUAUAAGAAGUGCUAUUAUUUCUUUUGUUUGUAUGUGGAUAUCAUUGUUGUGCAUAUCGCUGUGGGUUUUUGUCUUCAUAUUGUUGUAAUAAAAUAGCAUAAAAUGAUUCUUGGCAAGCAUGGAGUAUGCUGGAAUGUUUGGAACUGAUGGACAUCUUGCUGUACAGUUUCUUUGUGAAGCAAGCUUCAUACCUAGUCACAAAAGUGGUACAUUAAAAUUUAGAAUGGUACUUGGUUCAUCCUUCUGCAAGUCACUUUUAAUAAAACUGUGCAGCCUUUCCCAUUGACAUGGUACUGAUAAGCAAAUAACUGAAAAGUCCUCGUGCCCUUUACCCAUUUAACUCCACAAUUUAAAAUGUCAGGAAGGAUAAAAAAUAUUCCUAGGAUUUUACAUAGGUUUUCUUUGUCUUGGCAAAAUAGGACUUAAAAAAAAAUUCAGGUACAUGUGUGGUAAUAUAUUCUGUGCGCCAGCAAAUAUCUGAUUUGAAAAAUCAUUUGCCAUAAGCAAAUUGGGUACAAAGCAUUUAAUAGAAAAAGUUAAAUUACUGUUUUUAGUAGCAUGAAAAUUGAAACUGAGUGCAGCACUUGCAUGUGUCCCCAAUAAAAAAUUUCCCCUUCACAACUGGCAUUUUAUAUGAGGUGGUGAAAUUCAGUUUUGGACACACCAAAUGCACAUCUGUUCUUUGUUGUAAAAUUUAUUGCAACUGAGCUGGAGCAUUAUGAGUAAUGAAUAGGGGGGGGAAAAAAGUCUGUACAUCAUUAACAGUACAUGGCAACACAAAGUGCUGAAAAAAA